CGACCCUGAUGCUCAAAAUAUUUGCCGCCACCAAAAGCAGAGGCAGAGAGGGUGAGCAAGGAUGAAUCGGUUGAGCUUGGAUCAGGUGCUCAAGGACAACAACACUCGCGACCCCAACUCCAUUUCUUCUCUCGUCCUCACUCACCGUGCUCUCUCCGAUGUCUCGUGCUUGGGCGAGCUCAAGAACUUGGAGAGGCUCGAUCUCAGCUCCAACACCCUCACUUCGCUCGAGGGGUUGAAGUCAUGCGUCAAUUUGAAGUGGCUAUGCGUUUCGCAGAACAAGCUGCAAAGCCUCAAGGGAAUUGAAGGACUUUCUAAGCUCACUGUGUUAAAUGCAGGCAAGAAUAAGCUCACAGUGAUGGAUGAGGUCAAGUCAAUUGUGAGUUUGCGCGCAUUAAUUUUAAAUGACAAUGAGAUUGCUUCAAUUUGCAGACUUGAACAGAUGAAAGAGUUGAACACUCUUGGUAUGAUUUCUAAGCCUAAUUAAGUUCAUGAUUUCACCUGAGUUCUGCUGAAACUCUUUGAAUUUUCUUUGUUCCAGCUUUCUCUUUCUCACUGCCAACUUCAGAGUUUAGAGUCUUCGCUCAAGUCAUGUGUUGAACUGAAAGAGCUCCGGCUCGCUCACAAUGCUAUUGAGGGUCUCCCUGCUGAGUUGGCUCAGAAUAAGAGACUCCAGAAUCUGGAUCUGGGGAAUAAUGUGAUUACCAGAUGGUCUGAACUGAAGGUGCUUGAUGCUUUGGUCAAUCUGAAGAAUCUCAAUCUCCAAGGGAACCCUGUUGCUGAAAAGGAUAAAUUAGCAAAGAAGAUCAAAAAGAUGCUGCCAAACCUGCAUGUUUUCAAUGCAAGACCAAUAGAUAAAUACACCAGGAAUGAGAAGGGUGCCCGGGUUGAUGCAGUUGAUGAAGAAGAGCAAAAACAUAGAGACUCAAAACAUCAAGGGUUCGGUGAAACUAAGGAUAGUAACCUUGAUAAUGCUAGAGAAUUGGAUAUGAAGAGGAAACGAAAUAGGGAGAAAGCAAAUGAGAAUGCCUCGGACCAGGAAGCUUUGGUCCAAGGGAAUGAAGAACGGGAUAGCAUAAAGAAAAAGAAAAGGGAUCAGGCUGUAAAUGAGGAUUUGAGCAAUCUUAAAGAAGCUGCUGAUUUGGAGGAAUCAAAGGGAAAGAAGCUGAAAAAGAAAGGCCAUAAAGACGAUGAUACCAAGGUUAAAAAGAUACUACAUAAGAAAAAGCAACAAAGUGAACUUGAUAUUAUUGAUGAUGCAGACACUUCAUUUUUGGAGCUCCUUUCGGAUGACAAAGUAGUAGAUGCUGAGGAUGAUGGCAGACAGAGAAAACUUAAGGAUAAGGCUAGUCAAGACACAAAAUUGUCAAGUGGCAUAGUAACCAUCACUUCAAGUAAAGCUAAGAAGCGGAGCACAGCUUCUACUUUACCACUAUUGCCUGUGGAUGAAAUUGGAGUUGGCGGUCCAUCAACAUGGGACUGAUGAUUACUAAUCAUGGGCAGGAUGCUAUGCAACUUCGGUUACUGGUAUGUAAAAUUUUGAAUCACAUAUUAACUUGCUCCAUGUGAAGAAGCUAGGAUCUGGAUUGUAGGAAAAUGGUUUGUGGGAUAAGUUUUAACCAUAGGCAUGCCGUCUAAAAUGGAUUAUUGGGUUUGGUUGUUAUUCUGUAGCAAAUUAUGGGUUAUAAUCCUGCAUUUAAAAUCGAGUAUUUUUGUUUCAAAUUUGAC